GCAAGUAGUUCGUUCGCUCACUCCGCGUGGGAAACCGUUGGUUCUACCCACCACCGUCUUCAAACAAUGCCUUGCUCACUCUCUCUCUCACCCAUCUCUCUCUUCUCUCUCCGCACAUCCACCCGUCCUUCUCCCUCUCUCUCCCCCAAACACCAUCGCCUCGCCGUCAAAUCCUCCGUUAACAAACCCCCCGACGCCAGCACCAAGUCCGGUUCCUGGGUCAGCCCCGACUGGCUCACCUCCCUCUCUCGCUCCCUCACCGCCGGGAACGACGACUCCGGCAUCCCUAUCGCCACCGCCAAGCUCGAUGACGUCUCCGACCUCCUCGGCGGCGCCCUCUUCCUCCCUCUCUUCAAGUGGAUGCAGGACUAUGGCCCCAUUUACCGCCUCGCCGCUGGCCCCAGAAACUUCGUCGUCGUUAGCGACCCCGCCAUUGCCAAACACGUUCUCAGGAACUACGGCAAAUAUUCUAAGGGCCUCGUUGCUGAGGUCUCCGAAUUCCUCUUCGGGUCUGGUUUCGCAAUUGCCGAAGGCCCGCUCUGGACGGCAAGGCGCAGGGCUGUGGUUCCAUCUCUUCAUAAACGGUAUUUGUCUAUUAUAGUGGAUAGGGUGUUUUGUAGAUGUGCUGAGAGAUUAGUGGAGAAGCUACAAUCUGAUGCACUCAAUGGAACUGCUGUUAACAUGGAGGAGAAGUUUUCACAGUUGACUCUGGAUGUUAUUGGUUUAUCUGUGUUUAACUAUAACUUUGACGCACUCAGUGCAGACAGUCCUGUUAUUGAGGCUGUUUACACAGCAUUGAAAGAGGCAGAGGCUCGAUCAACUGAUCUUUUACCAUAUUGGAAGUUUAAAUUUCUUUGUAAGUUAAUUCCAAGACAAAUAAAGGCUGAAGAGGCUGUUAGCGUUAUCAGGAAAACUGUUGAGGAUCUCAUUGAAAGAUGUAGGGAAAUUGUAGAAUCUGAGGGGGAAAGAAUUGAUGUUGAGGAAUAUGUAAAUGAUGCUGACCCUAGUAUUCUCCGGUUCUUGCUUGCCAGCAGAGAAGAGGUUUCCAGUGUACAAUUAAGGGAUGAUCUUUUGUCACUUUUAGUUGCUGGUCACGAGACCACUGGUUCAGUGCUGACCUGGACACUUUAUCUUCUAAGCAAGGAUUCUUCCUCAUUGGCAAAAGCACAAGAAGAGGUAGACAGAGUUUUACAGGGAAGGCGUCCUGCCUACGAAGAUAUUAAAAAUCUCAAGUUCUUGACACACUGUAUUAUUGAGUCACUCCGUCUCUAUCCACAUCCCCCGGUGUUGAUAAGAAGAGCUCAAGUUCCUGAUGAGCUUCCAGGUUCUUAUAAAGUCAAUGCUGGUCAAGAUAUUAUGAUUUCUGUAUACAAUAUACAUCGUUCUUCUGAGGUUUGGGAUAGGGCUGAAGAGUUUAUGCCCGAAAGAUUUGAUUUGAAUGGUCCGGUGCCAAAUGAAACAAAUACAGACUUCAGAUUCAUUCCAUUCAGUGGAGGGCCCCGCAAGUGUGUUGGUGAUCAGUUUGCUUUAAUGGAAGCUAUAGUUGCUCUGGCAAUCUUUAUACAGCACAUGAACUUCGAACUGGUUCCUGAUCAGAAUAUCAGUAUGACUACAGGAGCAACAAUACACACAACAAAUGGCCUGUACAUGAAACUGAGCCAACGGUUGAAAUAGUCAACAUUUACAUCUUUCCAUUAGCUGCAAAAUUUCUUAUAACUAUCAGCAUAUAAAAUUCUUUUUGAUGAUUUUCUCAUUUUUUGCUAGUUCACAUACCACAACGUAUCAAGUAAAUAUGUAUUAGACAACAAUUAUUUUCAGUAGCCAAAUUGUUCACAUUCUUCAAAAUGUUGUAAAGAAUUUUAAUUGAAUUACUAAGUGAAGAACUAGUGUAGAAAAGUCUCGGUCAUCAGAUUUUGUUUUCAAUUUUCGCAAUUUUUUGUAUUAAUCUUUAUUUAUUGAA